GUUUGACGCAUUUAAACAGAUUUUUACAUAAAUAAUAACAACUCCCCUUGAAGCAUGCGUAAAUACAUCCGGAUGUCAUGCUUUCUCUGACUUUACGAGAGGCUAUUAGUAAGCUAAAAGACGGUUCGUUGUCAGCUGCUGAAUUAUGUGAGAAGUGUGUUACAAGAGCUAAGCGGGUUCAAGAGCUGAAUUUUAUAGUGACAGAAAACUUUUCUCAGUCCCAGAGAGAGGCAGUGCAUUCGGCUAGACUGUGGUCUGAGUAUGUUUCAGGACGCCACAAUGAAUGGAGAAAAUUUGGUGGAAUUCCAUUUGCAAUCAAAGACAAUUUUUGUACCAAAGAUAUUAGAACGACGUGUGCCUCUCAUAUUCUAAACAACUAUGUUCCCCCAUACACAGCCACUGUAGUCCAGAAACUUCAGGAUGCUGGAGGGGUCAUCAUUGGAAAAACCAACAUGGAUGAGUUUGCCAUGGGGGCAGGAAGCACAGACAGUAUUUUUGGACCUGUAAGGAAUCCAUGGAACUACAAAUUUUCCCAGUCAGGUGGAGAACAAGACAAGACCAAUUACUGGCACAUCACAGGAGGUAGCUCAGGGGGCAGUGCUGUUGCUGUGGCAACGGGGGCCAGUUUUGGGGCCUUUGGGUCAGACACUGGUGGAUCCACUCGGAACCCAGCGGCAUACUGUGGAGUGGUGGGGUUCAAGUCCACCUACGGACGGUUGUCCAGGCACGGCCUCAUUCCUCUGGUUAACUCCCUUGAUGUGCCUGGAAUAUUUGCCAAAAGUGUAGAUGAUGCAAGUUUACUGUUUAAUGCAGUGGCUGGACAUGACACAAGAGAUUCUACCACAGUGACUGACUCCAUGGAAACAUUCACCCUACCUGAUGAUAUCAGUGUAAAACAUCUUCAUAUAGGUAUUCCUAAGGAGUACCACGCCCCAGGGAUGUCGCCUUGUGUACUGGAGGCAUGGAGGCGGGCCGCUGACCUGUUUGAACGGGCGGGGGCCAAGGUCAGUGAGGUGUCCCUCCCCCACACCCAGUUCUCCAUCCUCUGCUACAGUGUCCUUUGUUGUGCUGAGGUGGCCUCCAACAUGUCCCGAUACGAUGGAAUAGAGUAUGGUCAUCGAGCAAAAAACGAAGACUCCACAGAAGAACUGUAUGCAGCCACCAGACAUGAAGGAUUCAAUGACGUAGUUAGAGGCAGAAUUCUGGCUGGAAACUUCUUUUUACUGAAAAGGAACUAUGAUAACUUUUUCAUAAAGGCACAGAAGGUUCGGAGACUGAUAGCCGAGGACUUCCGCCAGGUGUUUGGGGGUGGGGUGGACAUCCUUUUGACCCCCACCACCCUCACGGAGGCCCCGACCUACAGUUGGUUCACUGAGGUCGACAACCGUACCCGGGCCGAGGAACAGGACGUGUUUACUCAACCAAUCAACUUGGCAGGUGUUCCUGCGAUCACUGUUCCAGCCUCACUUUCACAAUCAGGACUUCCCAUUGGUCUCCAGUUCAUUGGACCAAACUUCCACGACAAAGAGGUGUUAACUGUGGCAAAGUGGUUUGAACAGCAAACAAACUUUAAACGACUAGAUUUAAGUCAUUUAGAUAAAUCUUGACAAUGUGAUAGGAUAUGAAUUUAGUCUGUACUUUUGCUCUUUGUUGUCAAUAAAUAUUAAUGAAAAGAUCUUUAA